AUGGCGGCGAUUCCUGGGCUGGGGUUGAUGGAAGAAGCGGUAAGGCUGUUCCGACCGUCUCUUCCUCUCGAGUUUGAGCUCCCGCCCUUUGGAGAAUACUGCUUCGAAGUUGGUUUCGGGAGCCCGGGGAUCACGCUCAAGCUGGUCUCUGGCACCGCCGAGAAGGACGGGACCGAGCUGAACCUGAACCACACCUACCACUUUUCCAGCAUCAAGUCCAAGAUAUUAACCCUCCAGGGCUGCAAGCUGGAGAUUAGCGGCCCAUGCGACAGGGAAUGGGUCGUCAAAGACCCCUCGCCGGCGGAGAAUGUCGCCAACAUGUACGUCAACAUCCACUUCAAGCUGCACAACGAGCGCCUAGAGGCCGCCGCGAGGGGCAGGACGGGCCCGAGGAUCCUCAUCGCUGGGUCCCCCAACUCGGGGAAGACGACGUGCGCCAAGACGCUGGCGGCGUACGCGACGCGAACGGGCGACCAGCCGCUCGUGGUCAAUCUCAACCCGGACGAGGGCGUCCUCACGCUCCCGGGGACGCUGAGCGCCGCCGUCGGCCCGGGAUCUAUCCCGCCGAAGCUGCCCAUCGUUCACUUUUACGGCCACCAAAACGUGGACGAUGACCCGGGGCUCUAUCGCGAGAUUGCUACGACGCUAGCCGAGUCCGUUUCGGCGAGGUUAUCCGAGGAUCCGAACGUCAAGAAGGCGGGGCUCAUCAUCGAUACUACCGGCGUGGAUGUCAAUAACCAAGAAGGCUUGGAAACGCUCUCGCACAUCAUAUCAGAGUUCUCGGUGAACGUUGUCGUCAUCAUCGAUGCCAAUGGGCUGGAGGAGCAGCUCCAAGCCUUGCUCAAGGACGAGAUGGCCAACCCCGAGGAGCCACUUCACCUCUUGAGCAUCGGAAAGUUUAAGACCAUUCCCGAGAGAGACGAGCUCUGGCUGCUCCAAGAGCGAGAGGCUGAUAUCAAAGAAUACUUCUUUGGUGACGCGAGAAUGGUCUUGAGCCCUUCGACGCAGCUCGUGGACUUUGAUACUUUGACGAUUUUCAAGCUGCCAGAUAAUGGCGAGUACACACCGGACGCAAAGGCUCUUGAUAGGAUCAAGCCGUUUGCAGACAUGGUUCACUGGACACUUGCCAUCAUGCAAGCUUCCGUCAAGGACUCACCCGAAACCAUCCGCGCCUCACUUGUUCUGGGCUUCGUUUACGUAGCCCACGUAGACGUGGACAAGGCCAAGAUCAAGCUCCUGGCGCCUUUGCCAGGAAGACUAGGAGACAGGCCUCUUGUUCUCGGAAAGUGGCCCGAGCCGCAUGUUAAUCUCCUGGGUUAA